CUGGCCAAUUUCUAUUUCCCAGCAACCUACGGAAUCUGGUAGAGUUACAACAUCCCUGAAAGAACUAACCACUGUAGCUUACAUCACAGCUGACAAUGUUAAUUCCCCAUGAUGGAUGCAGCACAGCAGCAGCAAGAGGAAAGCGAGGAAAACUGUGGCCCAGAAACAGACUCACUCAGGAGGGACGAGGAAGAAGCAGCGCAAGGCACCCAAGAAGGGUACCCCGAAGAUGCGUACCAGGGCAAAAUCCACCAAUAAGAGGUUGUUCAAGUGCCAGGAGUGUGACAAUUCUGUCUCAAAAAAGUGCUUGCUGAAAUCGCAUGUGAUGGCCAAACACACAGGUGAGAGGCCCUUCAAAUGCCAACAGUGCGACUAUUCUGCAACACAGUCGCAUUACCUAAAGGAUCAUGUAAUGGCUAUACACAAAGGUGAGAGGCCACACAAGUGUCAACAUUGUGACUAUUCUGCAACACAGAAGUGUGCCCUGAAUAGGCAUGUAAGGGCUAGACACACCACCGAGAGGUCGUUCAAGUGCCAGCAUUGCGACUAUUCUGCAAAAACAAUGCGUGUCCUUAAAGUACAUGUAAUGGCAAGGCACACUGGUGAAAAACCACACAAGUGCCAACAAUGUGACUAUUCUACAACACAGAAGACUGCCCUGAGGAUGCAUGUGAAGGCUAGGCACACAGGCGACCGUAAGAGACCGUUCAAGUGCCAGCAGUGCAACUAUUCUGCUACAGGGCUGCAUGGCCUGAAAAUGCAUGUAAUUGCUAGACACACAGGUGAGAAACCAUACAAGUGCCAACAUUGUGACUAUUCUGCAGCACAGAGAGGAGCCCUGAAAGUGCAUGUGAUGGCUAAACAUACCGGUGAGAGACCGUUCAAGUGUCAGCAUUGUGAAUAUUCCGCAACAAGUAAGGGCAUCCUGAAGCAACAUGUUAAGGCUAAACAUAGCGAUGAGAGGCUGUACAAAUGCGAACAGUGUGACUAUUCUGCAAUAAAAAUGUGUGACCUCAAGGCACAUGUAAUGGCUAUGCACACAGGUGAGGCGCCACACCAGUGCCCGCAGUGUGACUAUUCUGCACCACGAAGGAAUACCCUGAGGAUGCAUAUAAAGGCUAAACACACUGGUGAGAGACCACACAAGUGCCCUCGAUGUGACUAUGCUGCUUUAAAGGCGGAUACCCUGAAAGAUCACAUUAUGGCCAAACACACCGGUGAGAAACCACACCAUUGUAACUAUUGUGACUAUUCAGCAACCCAAAAAAGCAGCCUCAACAGCCACAUUAGGUCAGUACACUCUGGGGAGAGACCAUUUCAGUGUGAUCUCUGUGAUUAUUCUGCAUCACAGAGGGGUCAUCUGAAGGACCACAUCAUGGCGAAGCACAGCAACCACAGGCCUCACAAAUGCACGCAGUGCGACUAUUCUGCAAUGACCAAACAAAGAUUGAAUCGUCACAUGGCUUUGCAUACAAAUAAGAAACCAUUUAAGUGUGAGAUAUGCAGCUACUCUUCCAUCCAAAAACAGGAUCUGGAACGACACUUGGCAAUCAAACACAGAGGAGAGACCCCUUACAAGUGUGACAUCUGUGAUCGCUCUUUAGCCAGUAAAGCAGGUUUAAAACGGCACAUGGCGGCUACACAUGCUGUUGAGAAGCCACACAAAUGUAUUGUUUGCAGUUACUCUGCAGCAGAGGAAUGCAUGUUAAAAAGACACAUGUCUACACACACUAAGGAGAAGCCUUACAAAUGCGACGUUUGUGAUUAUUCAGCAACAUUGAAGUCGAUUCUAAAACAACACAUGAUCAUACACUCCGGUGAGAAGCCAUUCCAAUGUGAUGUUUGCAAAUUCUCCACAGCAUCAAAGUCAAGUUUAAAGACGCAUUUGACCAUACACACUGGCGAGAAAAAGUACAAGUGUGACAUUUGUGGAUAUGCUACAGCAAAUCUGUCUUACUUCAAACAACACGUGGCCAUGCACACUGGUGAGAAGCUGUACAAAUGUGAACUUUGCGACUAUUCUACAGCAAUAAGGACAGGUUUAACCCAACACAUGGCCACACACACGGGUGACAAGCCAUACAAAUGUGACAUCUGCGGUUAUUCUGCUGCACGAAUGUCUGCUUUGAAAAAACACAUGACCAGACACACAGAUGAGCAGCCUUACAAAUGUGACGUCUGUAGUUACUCUUCAGUACGACUCAGCAGUCUGAGACGUCACAUGACCAUACAUACAGGCACAGACCUUAAAAAGUGACUCGGAAGUAGCCUGAAAAUUGAAAUGUCACACUAAGGAUACUACAAUUUUGGGGCUUUUACAAUUGUUUUGAAAGUGCCCAUCACUGCAAAAGACACUGAUAAAGUGUAGCAAUGCAUAGAAAUGUAUUUUCUCUAUGUCAUCAAUGUAUUGGCAUAUUUAGUUUCAGAGUGGUGAAGUGCUAGUUAUACUUUGGGGUAGGCAGGUAAGAACUUCUUUCCUGUGCUACAUUUGAGUAUGAUAAUGGGAAGUUGCAAGAUAUGUUACCCCAAAAUUACUUGUACUGCAAAGUUUAGUCCUAAAACAUUACCAUCCUCUCUAGUCUGCCUGAAGUGCUUUUAAGCUAGUAUCAUUAGAUCCUUAGAGAUGUAUUAAGAAGUAGUAUGUAAUCCAGUCUCAGGCAUUAGGUGUACCCUGGGAGUCAGACUCUAGCCAGGCCAUACAGAGAAUCAGUUUUUCCCACUGACAUUUAUAUAUAAAUAGCACUCCCUCCAUUGAGGUGUUGGACACAGAGGUAGAUUGACAGCCUGGCUAGAGUAUGGCUCCCAGGAUAGCAAUGAAGAUGGUUAAGUUUAUUUUUGGAUGCACUAAGAUCAUGGUCUUUUUUAAUCAUUUAAGGAUAAGAAUAAUCUGUAUCAAUAGUUAACUGUAUUGUUAUUGUUGUACACCAAGUGCCAGUGGCAUAGGUCACACUGAUAUUUUGAUAACAUGACAAAUUCAUUGGUACAUAUAUGUACUGUAGAUAUGCUUGGAAGUUUGUAUUUUCUUAAUUUGUAGUGAUUGAGUGUAUUUAUUUUGUCCAUGUAGUGAUGAGUUAUUAGUUCUUAGAGCCUUAAUGUCUUACGUUUUCCAUUGUUAUGUUAUGAUAUAUAAUGUAAACGAACAAUGACUCAAUAGGAGUAAAUAUACAGUAGACACUGUAUUUCAUCAGAAUCAAUGAAAUGCUUUAUUGUGAGACUGUGCAGUAGUCACUACAUUUCUUAUGGCCUCUUUUUCUGCCCCACUGUUAACAAUCUGUCAAUCUUUGUAGGGAAGGGAAGUCUUUGCACUGUCCUGUCAUUUGUUAGAAAUUGCUGAAACAAACGGACAUAGAACAUGUAUUCCAUAGAGUAUGUGAGGUGAAUAUUGUUGACCUAUGGUUGCAUAAAUAUCUGUAAUAUUACACAUCUGUAAUACAUUGUAUGUAUUCCAUUUCCAAACUACAGCAAAAUCAGGGACACCUAACAAGCUGAGAGUAGAUAUUCACACUACAGCAGCAUACUACAGCACUAAGCAGUACCAUAUCAUGACAUAGGAGCCUUCUAAAUAAAGAACAUUAUCUUAAA